CUUGGCGCGGCUGUUGGGCGAUGGCGACGGUAGCGGAGCUCAAAGCAGUUUUAAAGGACACACUGGAAAAAAGAGGUGCUCUUGGACAAAUAAAAGCAAGGAUCAGAGCUGAAGUUUUUAAUGCACUGGAUGACCAAAGUGAACCACGGCCACCACUGUCUCAUGAAAAUCUCUUAAUCAACGAACUAAUUCGUGAAUACCUGGAAUAUAACAAAUAUAAAUAUGCAGCAUCUGUUUUAACUGCAGAAUCUGGCCAGCCUGAAGUGCCCUUGGAUAGACAGUUUCUUGCCAAAGAGCUGAACAUAGUCGAAGACACAAAUGGAAAAUCAGUCAGACCUCUCUUGUACGGAAUUAUCUCUCAUUUCUUACAUGGUGGUAAAGAAGAAAAUACCCAGAAUGCCUUUCCAAAAGUGUCUUUGCUGAAUUAUCCAAAGCAGAACCUUGGCAAACCACCUACGGAGAGAAAUCAAAAAGAUAGAAUUCCAGAACCAGGAAGGAUGGCUGGCAUGAGCAUCGAGGAGCCCCUUGUUUUACAAAGUAUAAACAGAUGAUAUCUUUCAUAUGCUAAUUUCUCACAUAAAGUUCUGUAAGAGUUAAUUUAGGAAAUUCUUCUUUGCAUUAAUUUCCCCACUAUGUCCAGCGGGACCAUUUCAGCUUGUUAGAUCUACCCAUGAGACAGGAUGAUGGGGUCGUACUUAGUGAAAAAAAUGUUAGCAAAGGCUCUCUUCCUCCAGUGCUGAUAGAAGAGAACUGUACACGAAGUCAGAUUAGUGAAGCCUGUGUCUAGAAUUGGGCCUAAAAAUACUGCUUUUACUUUAUAAACAUUUAUCAGAUAACUUACCGUUUCUGCACUUUCCUUAUUAUCUUAUGACUUUGUGUGUCUUUCCUGUGUUUCUGAAUAAAAUUUUUCAGUUUU